ACGAUUAGUUCCCGACAACAUGAGCGAUGGCAACAAAACGCCAGAGGAAYUGGACACAGUUUUCGGUGAAAACGACUCUUUAGAGUUCUCCUCCUCCUAUAACGAACAUGAAGGCGCAAAAGCUCGAAUAUUUAAGAUAAUAAUAAUCGGAGAUUCAAAUGUGGGGAAGACGUGUUUGACUUACCGGUUCUGCGGAGGCACUUUCCUGAAAAACCCAGAGGCGACGAUCGGGGUGGAUUUCAGAGAGAGGACGGUGGUCCUGGAUGGAGAGAGCAUCAAGUUGCAGAUUUGGGACACAGCAGGUCAGGAGCGGUUUAGGAAGAGCAUGGUGGAGCACUACUAUCGCAGUGUUCACGCUGUCAUCUUUGUGUACGACACGACCAGCCUCCCUUCCUUUGAGAGCAUUCCAGAGUGGAUUGAAGAGUGCAGCCAACACUCUGUGGGGCCCCUGGUGCCUCGCAUCCUGGUGGGAAACAAGUGUGACCUGAGGGAACUUCGGCAGGUGCCCACAUCAGCUGCUCAAUGCCUCGCUGAUCGCUAYGAUUUCCCCUUGUUUGAGACUUCGGCCAAGGACCUUGCAGAGAAGGAGCACAUUGAUGCUAUCUUUCUGACUUUAGCUUAUAGGCUAAAGAAUCACAAACCACUGAGACUAAAGCARCCGAGUGAGAGCAGUCUCAGGGAACUAUGGAGCCAUCAAGAGCAGGAAAGAAGGUUUUGUCAAUGUUGAGGUCUUAUGGGUGAACUUGAAGUGUGCACAGAGGCUGCYGCACCAAUCUGGAGUAAUAAUGGUGCUAAAAAGGCAAUGUUGAAUAAACUGUAUCAUUUAAUUUGGUUUAACAAUAAGGACAGAUUCUGUGAUUCUAAAAGGUUUUCUGCCUUACAUCUGAGGUGCAGAUAGUCAAUGUAAACCAGUAUUUCUGUAAAAUGAAAGCAUGGAUGUGGAAAGAUGACAUGUAUUUGCACUUUAGUCAAUGAAUGUUUAUAAAUGAUACACUUAUCUCAGUCAUUAUCUUACAGGAUUACACACCAAUUACAAAUCCAAACGUGAACAGUUAUUAGUGACAGUAAUUUAACUUGAAGUGAUCAAAACAGAAAAGUUAAGAUAAACAUUAUGAAAUCAAGACAAUUUUUUUAAAAUGUGUAAUUUAAAAUACUUUUAAAAAUAAAAGCAGAACUAGAAGAAAUGUAUUCCUGAUGUGUUUUUGUCAGCUUUUGUCAUGCGUUCAUGCUGAGAGAGCUGAAUSAAAACAAAUAGUAAAAUGUAGCUCUUUUUAGACAAAAUCCAAAUCCACACAAUUUAUUUGCAUAAGAAGUUUGAAUGCAAACUUUGUGAGAUGAAAAGAAACAUGUCAGUUCUGUCUGAUAAUUAUUCAUAUGUGUGUACAUUGAUGCAGACACUACACUGUUGUAGAGAUUUUUGACCAUCUGAAGCUGCAAAUCAAUAAAAAAAUGUUUUAUCUA